AUGGCUUCUAUCCAGUGCCUUAAUCCUAAGGCUGAACUUGCUCGACAUGCUGCAGCUCUUGAGCUCAAUAUCAGUGGAGCUCGUGGAUUACAAGAGGUUAUGCGCUCUAACCUUGGGCCUAAGGGAACAUUGAAAAUGCUUGUAUCCGGAUCUGGAGAUAUUAAGCUGACCAAGGACGGAAACAUCCUUCUCCACGAAAUGUCUAUCCAACACCCAACUGCCUCUAUGAUUGCUAAGGCUUCUACUGCUCAAGAUGAUGUUACUGGUGAUGGAACUACUUCCACUGUUCUCUUGAUCGGAGAAAUGUUGAAGCAAGCUGAAACUUAUGUUUUGGAGGGCGUUCAUCCACGUCUCCUCACUGAAGGUUUUGAGUGGGCUAACACUAAGACCCUUCAGUUCUUAGAAUCUUUCAAAGAGAAGAUCACUGUCGACAGAGCCACCCUCAUUGAUGUUGCUCGCACUUCUUUGCGCACCAAGCUCCAUUACAAACUUGCAGAUCAUAUCACCGAAUGUGUCGUUGAUGCUGUUCUUGCUAUCCGUACCGGUGAUGAAGCCCCAGAUCUCCAUAUGGUUGAGAAGAUGGAAAUGCAACACGAGAGUGACAUGGACACCCAGCUUAUCAGAGGUCUUGUUCUUGAUCAUGGUGCUCGUCACCCAGAUAUGCCAAAACAAGUUAAGGAUGCUUACAUUUUGACUUGCAACGUCUCUUUGGAGUACGAGAAGACUGAGGUCAACUCUGGACUCUUCUAUAAAACCGCUGCUGAACGCGAGAAACUUUUGGGUGCUGAGAGAGAAUUCAUCACUAGACGUGUUGAGAAGAUCAUCGCUCUUAAGAAACAAGUUUGCUCUGGGGAUAAUGCUAACAGAGGAUUUGUCGUCAUUAACCAAAAGGGUAUCGAUCCUCCAUCUCUUGAUCUCCUUGCCAAUGAAGGAAUCCUUGCUCUUCGCCGUGCUAAGAGAAGAAACAUGGAAAGACUCCAAUUAGCUGUUGGUGGAGAAGCUGUCAACUCCGUCGAUGAUCUCACUCCAGAAGUUCUCGGAUACGCUGGAACAGUUUAUGAACAUGUUUUGGGAGAAGAGAAGUACACCUUCGUUGAGGACUGCAAGGACCCCAAGUCCGUAACUCUCCUCAUCAAGGGACCCAACAAGCACACAAUCACUCAGAUUAAGGAUGCUCUUCAUGAUGGUCUCCGUUCAGUUUUCAACGCUAUCACUGACAAAGCCCUCGUUCCUGGUGCUGGAGCUUUUGAAAUUGGAGCUUACUGUAUGCUCAUGAAGGAAGUUCAAAACCUUAAGGGACGUGCCCGUCUUGGAGCUAUGGCUUACGCUAAUGCCCUCCUUGUCAUCCCUAAGACCUUAGCUAUGAACUCAGGUUAUGAUGCCCAAGAAACCAUCGUUAAACUAACUGAAGCCAGAAACGACACUGGUUUACCAGUAGGACUCGAUGUUAACACAGGAGAAAGUUAUCAACCAAAUCAGAAAUAUCGUCAAACCGUCAUGUUCACCGCUACGAUGUCUCAUGAUAUCGAACGACUAGCUCGAAGUUUUUUACGACGACCAGCUGUUGUACAUAUAGGAUCUAUUGGCAAGCCUACCGAGCGUAUCGANAUCAAGGAUGUGUCCCUGGUACUCAAUUACGAUAUGGCUAAAUCGAUCGAAGACUACACUCACAGAAUUGGUCGUACUGGACGUGCCGGAAAAUCUGGAUUGGCUAUUACGUUCUUAACACCUGAAGAUUCUCUCCUAUUCUAUGACAUGAAGCAAAUGCUUGUGGAAUCGCCAUGUUCAACAUGCCCGCCGGAACUCGCUAAUCACCCCGAUGCACAACAAAAGCCUGGAACUUUCGUUGCGAAGAAAAGACAAGAUGAAACAUUGUAUCUUAAAUAG